GGUUUUUGAACAUAGUGAAAUCAAUAUGGCGCAUGUUGAUAUGACAAAUUGACGGCAUUGUUUUGUCUUUGUAAUAAGUUGUAAUGUUUCUUUUACAUAUCCAAUUAAAGAACAAUAAAAUUUAAUAAUGACGAGACCGUUCGGCAAUAGUGACAAACGAUUUUCAAUUGACGACGCGUUCGAGGAAGAGACGGACGAAGCUAUAAAAGUGUAUGGCGCUACGGGCGACAGAUCGCCGUUGCAGAAUAAUAAAUAUAAGAAUGGAAGUGAAUAUUUGUCCAGUAAUAAAACAUACAAAUGCACAGACGACACGACCUCCCGAGACUCGGACUCUCUCAUCCAUGAGUAUGUAGAGGCCACACAAGCAACGUACUGCUGGAACCAUCCGAAAGUCAGAGAGAACUGGAAGACAGUGUGUGCAGCGGUCAUCCUGCUGGUAGUUGGAGUGGGGCUGCUGGGGAUGGGAGCCUUUGCUGUUGCUGAGCCGGAGAAUGGACUGCAGGGAGCGGUGUUCUUUGUAGCAGGUAUGAUCUGCUUCGUCCCCGGCGCCUACCACGUGGUGUACAUCUGGCUAGCGGCGCGCGGGCAGCGAGGCUACGACUUCUACCAUCUACCGCUCUUCACCUGAUCGCCUUGAGUAAGCCUUCGAAUUCAUCUCAUUUUGUUAGGUAGGACCAGUCAGCUGCUAAUUUAAUGUGUUCUAAAUUAUACAGUUAUGUUUUUAAUUAGCUAGAGU